AUGUCGGUUUCUUUUGCUCCAGAAUGCACGCCUGCUAAGAAUGCUUAUGAUGAUUGUUUUAACAAGUGGUACACUGAAAAGUUUUUGAAAGGCAAAUCGAUUGAAAAUGAAUGUACCGAGUUUUGGGACACUUAUAUCACUUGUAUCAAUGCCAACUUGGCCAAGCAAGGUAUAAAGCCAAUGCUAGAUAAGGCUAGAGAGGACCAACCAUUUAGCCACGAAGAAAUUCAAGAUAGUUUAAAGGAGCUGGAUAAAUGA